GUGCCUUAUCGUGUCUUUCUUACAAGUCGAUUGGACGAGAUCGUCAUUGAACUUCGAAGAUUAACCGCCAGAUAUUCGCGAUAAUAAAUUCGAACAUGUUUAUCAAAAUAGUUUGCUUGAUCUCAAUUAUCUUCGCUCUCACUUCUGCUGCUCCAAAAAGGACAUCCAGGUCUCCAAAAAGGACAUCCAGGUCGAUACCAAUAUGGCAUAUGCCAUGCGGCGAAGAUUAUGACUUGGAAGUCCCUUCUUCAUCGGAGAGUUUCGAGGAAAACAUCAAGUUCAAUGUCGAGAAUCUUAGGCUGCAGCAUCAGUUGACAAUGAAUGCUUAUUUGAAUCAAGACUUUGAAUACUUGUAUGAGGGUGUUAGCUUUACCUUAUACGAUCAUCAAUACAUACCCAACUGGCUGCCCGACAUAAAAGACACGAAUCUUGUGAGAAGCCUGGCCAAUUCUAAUUCUUUAAUGAUUGUUAAUCAUUUCCCGAAAAUGCACAUGGAUCUUCAGAAAUUUGCCGUGGCAUUCGAGGAACUGAUCGAGGAUGAAUCCAACUCUCACAUUCAGAUCGCUCUUAAAACGACUCAAUCAUACUUGAUGAUGAUGCUGUGCGAAGUUGAAAGCCACAUUACCUCUCUGCCAUCCUUACAACUACCGAUACGCGUGGAAAGAAGCAUCAUGAGCAAUAUCGAGCGAAAUCCUGUCGAUGAAACGAAAAGACUUAUCAGAGAUUGGGGUGUAAUUCUUAAAUAUCGAAACUAUCUACAUGCUUGGAGGCACGUAUUCAAUUAUUAAAGAUAAGAAAAGGAAGUAUUAAAGCACGAGUCAUCGUUCUCAUCCGAAGGUGACGUAUGAAGAGACGCAUCAAGCAUUGGAAA